CGCUUCCGGUCCCUGUGCUGCGGCCGCGCGGUCUGAGCGCAGUUCCCCCGCGGCGACUCUCUAGCCCGCGCUUCCGGCCGCGCGACUUCCGCUCGGUGGGUGGUUCCGCCGCCCGCACUACCUUGCCGCCUGUGCCGGGCCGCCCGUGCCCUCCCGUGCCGCCCGGUACGGUCCGGCCGAGCGCGGCCCGGCUACUGCCGCCGCUCCCGCCACCGCUCUUCCGCACAGGGUCCGCCGCCCCGGGGACCGGGUCCGCCGGCGGAGGCCACUGCAGGCGCCAUGGGCGCCUACCUGUCGCAGCCGAACACGGUGAAGAGCUCCGGGGACGGGGCUGGACUCGGGCCGCGCCCGCUCCACUUCGGCUUUAGCGCCAUGCAGGGCUGGCGUGUCUCCAUGGAGGAUGCUCACAACUGCAUUCCCGAGCUGGACAGCGAAACGGCCAUGUUCUCCGUCUACGAUGGACACGGAGGAGAAGAAGUUGCCCUGUACUGUGCCAAGUAUCUUCCUGAGAUAAUCAAAGACCAGAAAGCCUACAAAGAAGGCAAAUUACAAAAGGCCCUGGAGGAUGCUUUCUUAGCCAUAGAUGCCAAGCUCACCACUGAAGAGGUGAUUAAAGAGCUCUCCCAGAUGGCUGGGCGACCCCAGGAUGAUGAAGAGGAGAAGGAGAAAGUUGCUGAUGAAGAUGAUGUGGAUAAUGAGGAAGCUGCUCUUCUGCACGAAGAAGCCACAAUGACCAUCGAGGAGCUUCUCACACGUUAUGGACAAAACUGCACCAAGAACCUCAAAAACAAGUCCUCAGCUCCGGCCGCGGAGAACGCUGCGGAGGGGACAGGCAAGCAGCAUGAUGGGGAGUCAAAUAUGAAUGGAGAGGCUGACCCAGGGGAGCUUACCGACCACAAGGAGAGGAAGAAUGGGAAGCCAGAUGAAGAAAUCACGGGUAUUUCCUCCACCUCAGACAAAGCCAGCGCUGGAGGCAACAGCCCUGCUCCGCAGAAGCCUGACCUAGGCAAAGGUGACGAGGCCGUCACCUCUUCCACUGGGGAGGCCGGGCCCUCCUGCUCCUCCACGGGAAAGCCCCAGCGCACAGCCAAAUCCAAAUUUUUUGAGGACAGUGAGGAUGAGUCAGAUGAGGUUGAGGAAGAGGAGGAAGACAGUGAGGAAUGCAGUGAAGAUGAGGACGGUUACAGCAGUGAAGAGGCAGAGAAUGAAGAUGAUGAAGAUGACACUGAAGAAGCAGAGGAGGAUGAGGAGGAAGAGGAGGAAAUGUUGUUACCAGGCAUGGAGGGGAAAGAGGAGCCUGGCUCUGACAGCGGGACAACUGCUGUGGUGGCUCUUAUCCGGGGCAAGCAGCUGAUUGUGGCCAAUGCUGGAGACUCGCGCUGCGUGGUGUCAGAAGGCGGCAAAGCUGUUGACAUGUCCUAUGACCACAAGCCCGAGGAUGAGGUGGAGCUGGCCAGGAUAAAGAAUGCUGGUGGCAAGGUCACCAUGGAUGGGAGAGUGAACGGCGGCCUCAACCUCUCCCGGGCAAUCGGGGAUCACUUCUACAAGCGCAACAAGAAUCUGCCUCCAGAGGAACAGAUGAUCUCUGCCUUGCCUGACAUUAAAGUGCUGACAAUAAAUGACGACCACGACUUCAUGGUUAUUGCCUGUGAUGGAAUCUGGAAUGUGAUGAGCAGCCAGGAAGUGGUGGAUUUUAUCCAGUCCAAGAUCACCCAAAAGGAUGAGAAUGGAGUCCUGAGGCCGCUGUCCUCCAUUGUAGAAGAGCUGCUGGAUCAGUGUUUGGCUCCAGACACCUCAGGAGACGGCACGGGCUGCGAUAACAUGACUUGCAUCAUCAUCAGUUUCAAACCCCGUAACACACACCCGCCUGCCGAGAGCGGGAAGCGGAAACUGGAGGCCGCGGCCGCGCCAGCAGCGCCAGCAGAGGAGAACGGCAGCGAGAACACCAAGAAGGCCAAGCUGGAGUAGCUGGCCGCGUGCAGGGACUUGGCUGCGCACUCAACAGACUCUCGUUUCUUAAACACGCUGAACUCAAGACUCCCGAAGUCUUGUCCUGUUUUUUAGCCUUAGCAGAGGCCUUGUCUGUCUGUGUCCUGGGGGGCGGGGGGUGGGUCUGGUUAGCCAAGGGCAUGUCGCACACUUCAUCCAUAACCAUUCCAAAGAGAGAGCCGAGGGCAGAGCUGCGCCGGAGCAGCGGGAGCCGGCUGCAGCAGGCAGCACCCUGCGGUUAGAGGAACGAUGUCCCCCCAUUGUCUCCAUGUGGUUGUUGCCAUUUCUGUGCCUGUGAGUUUCUGUUCGGAGGGAAGAACUUUUUUCACCGUUGAGGUUUGGGGUUUUUUUUAAUCUGCACCUGAUUAUUUAAGGCCCUUUUUGGUUUUGUGAAACAAUCUGGCUGUGGUGCUGCUGCCACACCUCAUUCUGUUGUACACUUUCAAUCAAUACUUUUUUCGAACUAAAAGC